GUGAAUCUCUUGGCCUUUGGAGUCAUCAUGUUUAAGGUGUAUCGACACACUGCUGUGAAAAAGCCUGAAAUCAGCCACUAUGAAAACAUCAGGUCGUGCGCUCGGGGUGCCAUGGCUUUACUGUUCGUGCUCGGCGCCACCUGGACCUUCGGCGUGCUGCACAUUCUCCACGAGACGACCCUGACGGCUUAUCUGUUCACCAUCAGCAACGCCUUCCAAGGAAUGUUCAUCUUCAUCUUCCUCUGUGUGCUGUCCCGAAAG